AUGGUAAAAUAUUAUUGUGAGCCGUCACAUUGUAGGUGAAUGAAUAUACGAAGCAGGCAUCAGUAAUAGACAGGGGUGAAAAAUAACACUUAUUGAGUACUUCUCACAUAUUUGUAAAUAUUUCUGAACACAUUCUGCAUUCUGGUUUGUUUUUUAUUUAUUUUUAAGAAGCAGAACAGCAUACUGCUGUCAUGAUCCAGCAACUGUCCAGUUUGCUGAACAGAGCAAACAGCAUGUUCUUGCUCUUGGUCACAUUCACAAUGUAUUUCUGUACCAGAGGUCAGAAUACGACAUGCCAUAGCCAAUAACCCAACAGUAGUUAAGCAUUUAUAAGAACAACCUACAAUAUCACUUUUCAAACAUGUAAUAAAGACUCCUGGGAUCCCUUGCUUCACCUCGUGUGAAUCAAACAAGAAUGCAGAAUUCCUUUUUAGUCACAUAACACCUACUACAUUGAUCUCCAGAUUUUGUUCAUUACACAGUACACUUCCUAUGGACAUAUGGACACAAUGUAAGAAAGAGCUGGGGAAAAGGGAGUUUGUGUUUUGUAUUUAAUUUUCCUCAUCCUCACACAAAGUGGAGCAAGUUUGAUUCAAUUUCAACAUGAAUAGCAAAGAUGACUAGAACGUACUCUGUAGAUUACAAGGAGUGGACUUCCAGAGGAGCAGAAAAAGCUAAGAACAAGGAUUUCACACCAAUCCUGUUUUCUCUCAUUCUAACAAAAUUUUAGAGCUAGUCUAAGGGCUAGUCUUUAAAGUACAUGGCAGACAUCUAUAAUAGAUUCUUGUCUUUGACCAGAGCUUCCCCUCUGUCACCCUUCCUCUUGGGGACACUCGCAUUGUGACUGUGAAUCCUCUCAGUCUCCUUGUUCCUGUUUUCCAAAUUAGCCUCAAUUGGUGCAACAUAUGCUUAUGCCCCAAGUUUUUGCAACCCUUUUAUUGACUGCCUGAGACAUCACUGAAACACCACAAGGAACUGGCACAACAGGCUUCCACCACUUGCUGAAGACCAAGGGAGAAAACUCGGUCAGUCCCUGGGACAACCAGCUGUGGUCAUCUAUUCCAAGAAUUACAGCUUCAGAUGUUCCCUCUUUUAUUUCAGGAGCUUAUGAAGCUACAGAAGAUAUCAUAAAUAACUUUUUUUAUGGUGGAUAUCAGGAAGAUUUUUUUCUCAGAUAAAGUGGUUAGGCAAUGGACUAGGUAGCCCAGGGAAGUGACACCACCUUGGAGGUGCUCAAGCAAAGGGUAGAUGUAGUACUUAGGGACAUGCUUUAGCAGGCAACAUGGUGGGGCAGACAGAUGGACUAAUUUCAACCUUCAAAACUUGAUUAGGAAUCAAAAGUAGGGUGAAGAUGACACAUCACACAGCCAGAGGAGAUCACCUAAACACGUCAAGUUUCUUAAAAUAUACACAGCGUGUCUUAAAAAAACAAACAAACAACCUUUGAACAAAAACAAGCUGCACUUAUAUAUACCCAAUUUUUACAGAUGAAUAAAUGAAAUUUGAAAUGGGAUUUAUGGACAAAGAUUUAUUUAGCAAUUUGUUUUUGGUUUUGGUUUUUUUUUUCAUUUGAUGUACAGCUAUACUUACUAUAAAUAUUGAAGUUAUACUCAUAAAAGAGGUCAUUGCCAUCCUCCACUUUAAAUGUGGAAAUACCCCAUUAAAAGUAUAAUCUAAACAUUUACCCUUGUUUUCGCCAGACAUUAUUUAUUUGAAACACUCAUUUAGUAGUGGUAGCUUUGAUUGCUGAAACUAGGAGGAUUUGUUCUGAGUUUCCACUCUUGUGUUUAUGACAAGCAUUUAUCUAACAGGAUGGAAACAGAUUACCUUUCACACUGUUACUAGGCAUCCUCUGCCAAACUGCUACACUAAAUGAGUUGCAGGGGAUUAUUUCGGAUCAAACAAUUGGCUUUUAGUAUUAGGAAAGAAAAAGUGAACAUAAUUAAAGCCCUUUAUAUUAGCAUCAGGUAACAGGCAAUGAUACUUCGAAACAAAAACCAAUAUUGUGAUUUCUAUACUGCCUAAUGAAUUCUGCCCUCUUGUUCUUUGCCCUUCUAUUUAAGUUCUUUGACUGCAAAGAUAACAGUAGUAAUUUGUGUCCCAGUAUGACAUUAAGCAGUGAAGCUGGCAUCUGCUGUGGAUAAGUUCACACACACUCUCUGAUCUUCUGGUCAGAACACUGAGGUCCAGUCUUUACAUAUUUGCUUAAUUUUACAGCUAGGAUUAAGUUAAUUUACUUAAUGCAUAUCAAUAAGUAUGUGCAGAUACAUCUGGACUGGGGGCUUAUACUUUUACUGACAGCAUUAAUUCCAUGCUAAUUGUGUAUAUUUGUGUGCAUCCAGGAAAGUAUGUUUUCAGAAUCAGAUUCCAGAAUUCAAUCAAAAAUCCAAGUGAGCUGCCUUUAAUAUGACAGAGAACACCGGCAAAAAUAAGCAAUUUCUUUUAUUUCAAUAGUAACGUUUGUUUUUUCCCUCUGCCUGUAGAAUAGUACCCUGAAUGCAAAAUAAAAGAAAGCCUGCCAAAUCUAUCAAAGGUGUAUUUGCUUUGUAAGCAUAAGAAAGUCUCGUAGUUAUUUUGUUAUAUUUUCACAUAAUUAACAGAUAUUUUAAAUAGGUAGUUUUUUGACCACUUUUUGUGAAAGGAAACUCAAAAUUGACACCAAUGCCUCAAGCAGGAUUUUUGCUUGCUUGUUUUAAUUUCAACUAUGUUCAAGAAAAUUUACUGAUACAUCAUCAUCUAGUAAAGCUAUUCAUGUCACAUUCAGUGUCUUAUACCAUAAACUAACCUAAAAAACGUCUUAAUUGCAGUGCUAAUGUACUAAUUAAAUACAUUAUCAGAAAACAGAUUGCACCAUAAAUUUCCGAAAACAAGAUACCACUCUCUCUGGAAAGAUAAUUUAAUGAGAUAUUUAAAUUUGGUGUUAUAAUAAUUGGACCUCAAAUAGGUCAUAUCUACACCUCUAUUGUAAAAGAGCAUGCCUAAUAUCUGACUAGAAAAGCACUGCUCUUACUCUGCAAAGCAGGUACUAUCCCACCUUUCCCCACAUGUAGUCUUGGAAUGCUAGACACAUGAAUAUGUUUGCCUGCUCUUUGUUCAUCUUCAUGGUAUAGCAUGAAAACGGCGAAGGCCUAUACACUGUUGUCUUCUUCACCCCUUUACAUGGGUAAAGAGUGUUUAUUAGAGGUGCCAGGCAGAAAGACAUCUCUAAAGCAACUUUCGUGCAGAGACAGGCAGCAGCUCCUUUGUCCACUGGCCUAUCCUGCAAACAUACCGGCCAGCAGCCUCUCUUCAGCUGUCAUGCUCCAAAACACUUCUUGCCACUUGGACGGUUACCCACCACCAGCUCACCCUUCAGCUCCCAGCUUCAUUUCAGACUGCUGCCCACGCUUUCUUUGUAAGAUGUUCUGGCUUUGGAUACAUUAAUUUCUGCUAAAUAUUGACAGUUUAGGCCUUACUUAGUCCUACGUCCAAGAAUGACUAUGUCAUACCUAACGCUUAGAAAAACAUAUCUCUGAGCAAAUGAAGCCAUGAAUUGUUGUUUACGAUCCCUUCCUCUUUCAAUGCAUCCUGUUAGAUAUGCUGUAUGGAGAGCACUAUAUACAAAUUCCUGUUGUAUCACAUUGCACAGAACAGCAGAGCAAGCCAGCCGCCUGCCUUUGUUGCAGAUCCUCCAGAUGAUGACAGAAAAUGCCUAGUGCUGGUGUUUCCCUGUUCAUCCCAACCUCGGCACACAGCUCGGAUCAUCUCUUCGGAGCGGCAGCCAGAAACAGCAGGAACUUCAUGUUGGUGCUGUUUAUGCCAGAACAUGGUAAGCAAGGCAAAUUAGCUCCAGCCUUGCGUAAGCUUUGUGUAACUAGCAAACACAGUGCAAUUGAGUAUGAAAUCCAGGUGACUUUGGAAAUGAAGGAAAAUUUCUGAGCUCUCUGGCUGGAAGCUGAACGUGAUGACGGCCUGGUCUAUGGUAGGGAAACUGAAAAUGGAGAAGAGGCACCCCAGAGAAGAGAGAAAUGUGGAACAAAAUGCUGGGGAAUGCAGUGCUGAAUCUGAGGAAUGGACGAGCUCAGAAAGUGAACCUGAGCAACCGUACUUCCGAAGCAGCUGUAGCAAUAUUCCAUGGAGAGAAAAAGAGGUUUCCACUAAACCACAUCGGCCACUCUGUCGUUCCCCAUGCUUGGAUCGCCCAAGUUUUUCACAGAGUAGUAUCACACAAGACUUGAAACUAGAGGAAUGCAAAACAAAUGUGGACAAGGAAUACCAAGCUAAAAUGGAUUUUGCUUUAAAGCUUGGGUAUGCAGGAGAUCAGAUCCAGGCUGUACUGAAUAAACUGGGAGCAGAUGCACUCAUCAAUGAUGUUCUGGCGGAACUUGUGAGACUUGGUAACAAAAGUGAAUCAGAGGGACAGAGUAGUGCCAGCAGUACCACUAAUACUCUGGUGCCAAGAAAUCCUUGCCCAAAGGAAAUAGCAAGUCCUGAAUUGUCACUUGAAGAUGAAGUUGUGGAUAACAGUGAUAACUUGAGGCCAAUUGUCAUUGAUGGAAGCAAUGUGGCUAUGAGCCAUGGAAAUAAAGAAGGAUUUUCCUGUCGGGGAAUUCAACUAGCUGUUGAUUGGUUUCUGGAAAAAGGACAUAAAGAUAUCACUGUGUUCGUACCUGCAUGGAGAAAAGAACAGUCUAGACCAGAUGCACCAAUUACAGAUCAAGAAAUCUUGCGGAAAUUAGAGAAAGAGAAGAUUCUUGUAUUCACACCGUCCCGCCGAGUGCAGGGGAGAAGGGUGGUGUGCUAUGAUGACCGAUUCAUAGUGAAGUUGGCCUUUGACUCAGAUGGCAUAAUUGUAUCAAAUGACAACUACAGGGAUCUAGCAAACGAAAAGCCUGAGUGGAAGAAGUUCAUAGAGGAGCGCCUGCUGAUGUAUUCAUUUGUGAAUGACAAGUUUAUGCCUCCUGAUGAUCCUUUAGGACGCCAUGGUCCAAGCCUUGAAAAUUUCUUAAGGAAAAGGCCAGUUAUUCCUGAACAUAAAAAACAACCGUGUCCUUAUGGUAAAAAGUGCACCUAUGGGCACAAAUGUAAAUAUUACCACCCAGAACGGGCAAACCAGCCUCAAAGGUCAGUAGCGGAUGAGCUUCGAAUAAGUGCCAAAUUAUCUGCUGUGAAAACAAUGAGUGAGGGAGCCUUGGCCAAAUGUGGCACAGGGCCCUCCAGCUCCAAAGGAGAGAUCAGUUCUGAAGUGAAACGCAUUGCCCCAAAGCGUCAGUCAGAUCCAAGCAUUAGAUCAGUAGCUGUGGAGCCUGAGGAAAAGUUAACAGUAGCCCGGAAGUCUGAGGCCAACUCUGUCCCAUCUCUGGUUUCUGCAUUAAGUGUACCUACGCUCCCUCCACCAAAAAGCCAUGCAGCUGGUGCAUUAAAUACUCGUUCUGCAAGCAGUCCAGUGCCAGGUUCUUCACAGUUCACACAUCAGAAAUCCUCACUGGAACACAUGUCCAGUGUGCAAUAUCCUCCGAUACUAGUCACCAAUAGCCAUGGCACCUCAGUUAGUUACACUGACCAGUAUCCCAAAUAUGAAUCAUUAGGGGACCAUGGCUAUUAUUCCUUACUCAGUGAUUUCUCCAACUUGAGCAUAAGUAGUAUGCAUAACACAGAUUAUUACGGGGCUGAUAUGGACCAGGGGAUGUAUUCUAGAAACUCAAGCCCCUGUCCUGAUAAUUGCUUAAGCCAUACAAGUAAUGAUUCUUAUUCCUCUUACAAUGACUUGUAUCUGGGUGUAGCAGAUGCCAGUCCAGAAGAUAAUGUGAAGAUCCACAGACUGACAUCGCAAAAUCGUCUUCAGCCUUUUCCCCAUGGUUACCAUGAAGCCUUAAAUAGAGUUCAGAGUUUUGGAACUGAAGAGCCUAAAUCCCUUCGCAAACAGUCUGUUUCCCACUUAGGCCUGCAUGCCCAGCAUCCAGUUAUUGGAGCACGGUCCAGUUGUCCAGGAGAAUACCCUGUGCCUCAAAAUAUUCAUCCAUCAACUGCACAACCAAGCCGUGCCUUGGUCAUGACAAGAAUGGACAGUAUUUCUGACUCACGGCUUUAUGAAAGUAAUCCUACAAGGCAGAGAAGACCACCUCUGUGUAGAGAACAGCACGCUAGUUGGGAUCCGUUACCGUGUGCGUCAGACCCUUAUACUUACCAUUCAUAUCCAUUGAGUAACAACCUUAUGCAGCCAUGUUAUGAGCCUGUAAUGGUAAGAAGCAUGCCUGAGAAGAUGGAGCAGCUGUGGAGGAAUCCAUGGAUUGGGAUAUGUGGUGAGCCACGGGAGCAACAUAUUAUCCCAGAGCACCAGUAUCAAACAUACAAGAACCUCUGCAAUAUCUUCCCGCCAAGCAUUGUCCUUUCUGUGAUGGAAAAGAAUCCCCACAUGACAGAUGCACAACAGCUGGCAGCUAUGAUUGUUGCCAAACUAAGAACCGGGCGCUGAGAUAUUAUAACCUCUUUUGUAUAAAUGAAACCAUACAGCACAUAGGAGCUGGCAGAAAAAUUAUAUAAAGAAGGAAGUAGGCAAAUCUAUUGUAAAUAUUUUAUAAUAAGGUAGGAUAAACUUCUGUACGCAGUAGUUGUUGUAUAUGUAUUGAGGCGCUAUUUAAGAGUUGACUGUAUUGUAAAUUUUAAGAUUUUAAAAAUAGGGAUUUUUAAUAGCAUUUUACAGGAAAUGCAUACCUUGCUGCAUGGAUAUUUCCUUAAGAACUACAAUGUCACAUUCAGUGUCUCAAAGCUCUUAAUACACAACUAUUAUUAGCAGUUAUAUUGCAUGUAUUAACGUACACUUUCAGUUUGAUUAUAAAUAACCAAUUGGCCUUUCAAAGCAUGCUGUAUACAAUCCCAGAUGACCUCUAGGGCUUCAGCUUUGCAAUCUGACACCACCUAUUGGUACCUCAAAUACUGAAGAAAAGUAACUUGACAAAAGUGUUUCUUUUCUUAAUGGUCUUUCUUAAAUUUCAAAACUGAUCCCCACAGGUUUAUCUGUUACUGUUGCUUCGGUCCAACAGAAGCCAAAUACUUCAUUAAAUUAGGACCAAAACGUUAAGGAAUAUGAAGGCGUGCUAAAACUAAAAGGUGUUUUAACUGUAGCUUCCCUCUUCAGAAUUGCCUGUCAGCAGUGCAGUAAGCAGCUGCUGCUCCAGACAAUUUAAGAAGAUGAAAGGACAUUGUCAGUUGUGUAUGAAUUGGAUUACUCAGACUCAAGUAGUGGGAACUGAAUGUUAAUGCAGGAACUCAUCAGUAACUACAGCCCUUCUGUGGGCAAGGAUGGCAUUUAGCAUGCAAGAUGGCCAUCCAAGAUGAACCCAUGACAGGAGCAGGAAUGGCUGUUUUCUGAAAAGAGAUGCUACAGUUGGGGUUUGUGGCGAAGCUUGCUCGGUUUUGCUCUCCAGAUCCAUGCAGAGGUAUGCAUUUGCCUCAUGAAUGUUUCUAAAACUUCCUUUUCAACAAGUGAGAUAAUUUUGUGUGGCAUUGUUUUCUCAAAUGGUAUUUUGCUCAGGGUGGGAACCUUUGUAGCUAAAAGUCUCCAAAAGAGGCGUUUCUUGUUUUUUAAGCUGCACUGACUGAACGCCCUUUUUUGACUCCAUUGUAUAUUUCAACAUUUGGAACCAUGACUAACUCGAUAUGUCUCGAGCUAGGACUUAAUAAUUUCUACUGUAGUUUUUUUCAUGAAAGCUGAGAAGGCCUGGUUUACGGCCUCUUGUUUCUUCAUGAGAAGGUGUGACACUGCCUAAAUGUUUCUUACUGUGAAACACACGGAACGUGAGGCUGCAGUCAGGGUUGUUUCUGGUGUUUUGAUAACAGCUUGCAUGCUGCUUUCUCAUUCUCUGUUUGUCUCAGGAACAAAACGACACCAUUUUCACAUUUGCACUGCUGUAUAAACGAUUGAUUUGAUUCACAAUACUCUUCAGGCUAUUUAUCAUGGGCAAAAUGUGUUCCUGCAGGUGAAAAGCAACAAAGAAAACCAUUUUAGGUGCAAUGACAGUUAACAUACUGAUAAUGGAUAUCAUUUCACACGUGACCAAUAUUCUUCUGUUGGUACGGGGAACAUAUAUAAUGACCAUGUCAUUACAUAUUUAAAUUGAGUUAACUCAAAGGUGAUUUGUAUUUAUACUCGGCGUUUAAAAAUAACUGAGUUUGAAUUAGUUGGUUACUACCUCUGUUAGUAGCAAAAAAAUAAAUCUUUGGACACCUACAGUAGCUGGAGGACACAGGUUGAACUCCUAAGCAAUAUCCCAAACCAUUUCUUACUAACCAACGCGUUGGAUAUUUAAUUUGCAAUUAAUUUUUCUUCUCUUGCAUGGUAUUAAGCAGCUGAGAGCAAUGCCUCAAAUAGCCAGAAAUGACCUUUUGUUUGUUGAUACAAAUUGUAUCUCUUUUUCUUCAUUGUAUAAAAACUGUUUAAAAAAAAAAGAAAAAAAAGAAAAAAAAAAAAAGACACACCAACCCCCACUCCCACCCUAACAACCCAUAAACCUCCCCAUUAACUUCAGGAUUCCACCUUCACCGCAGCGUUUGUGACACUGUGUGUCACAUGGAAGUAGCCCACAAGUAACGAUGACUUCAUGUUAUUUAAACUGGGCACUCAUAAUUUCUAGAUGAGCAAGACGACUUAUCAGCACACAGAUACUGUGUGCACCUCAAGGCAUCACGUGGUCAUCUUCAGUCUAUGGAGCAGACUCAUCCUUGCACUAAACUUAAUGUAAAAACUUAGCCGUUCACUCCUCUGCAUGCGUUUGAAGUGUAACGGUAAUUACUGUAGAGCCUGCUUUAUUCUAAAUGCAUUAAUUUAUAAUUUAUUUGGUCUUAAAAUGAAGUUUAUAUUGCACUCACAUUUUCCAUCUUGUAUGGGAUGUUUGUAUGUAAAAACACGUUUGUCCCCUCUUCUUCCCCUUAUGAAGACAAGCUGUCUCGGGAGGCUUUGGUGGGUGUUUUUAAUACUUUAACAUGCGGAAGCCUGAGUGGAAGGAAGUUGCUGUGUGAAGCUGUGCGCGGUUUAUGGAGCCAGUCAUUUCUGCAGGACCUGUCUGUUGUUCUCAUUCAUGUUCACCAAAUGUCGGCUUCCUGAUAAACAAGAAGAGGGAUUACUCUAACUGCAAAAGCUAUGGUACUGCAAACACGGCAUACCAACUGUGAGAGGCACUCUGAAAGCUGAUUGAUUGCCUGUGUAUAAAAAGCUCCUUGCAUCCAUCCCAUGCAGAGUCGCUGAGUUGGUAGUGUAGCCUUGUGGAAAUUAACUCGCAAAUGUUGUGCUUGUUUAGUCCACCUUAGAGGAAACGAAACUUUCGUAUGUGCUGUAGUCUUUCCUCAUCCACCAGUUAAAGUGACAGUUCCGAUAUCCACAUCUGUUCUCAGUCGUGUUUAGAAGCCAGCUCAAAACACUGACACAUGAAUUAUUCUUGAGCGCAUAAGCUUAGAUUUCUUCUUACAUGGAAGAGUUGAUCUUAUUAACACACGAUCACAAAUGUCUAUAUUGUAAAUAUAAGACUUUGUAUAAAUGCUCUUUCUGAGAGCAUGGUAUUUAAAUGUUUUUAAAACUGUUAAGUAAGCAGUUCUAGAAAUUAUAUUUUAAUAAAACCCAUAAGAUUCUAGCUGAGAAACUGCAAUGAGGGGGAAAAAAAGUGCUGAGAUGCAAUCUUGCAAGAAGAUGGGAUAAUGUAAGCAGAGCCAGUGCUUGCUCCAGGCAUUCUGAAUUACUGACCUUCAGUCUCCAGCUGUAUUACUUUGACAUCACUUAUCACUUAAGAGUGCACAAUGUUAUACUCCUGAUUGAAAACUCAGAUGCUUUAUUGGAAGUCAGCCUAAUUUUAUGUGUUUUGAAUUACAUGUUAGUAAGAUAUAAGUUGUACAUAUGGAACAUUUUACUACUGUUAGGCCUGUUGUUGUCUUAUUCAGCUACAGUAGUGGGCUUUAUUCAUCUGUAGAAUUAAACGUUAUGGUUUAAUUGUUGUAAAAUUUUAUAAAUCUCUUUGGGUUAUUUUGGUUGACCCAAAUAUAAUGUAAGUCUCAAUGACAAAAUGAGUGGGGGAAAUAAAAAUGGAUGUUAGGCCAAUACGCGGUACUUAUAAAACCUUGUGUGCAAACGCUCAAGGUGCAGCUGCAUGGACAUCAUUCACUAGCAUGAGGCUGUUUAGCUUUCAGUAACAAACGUUUUAAGUUUAAACUCUUACAAAUAGGAAGUGAACAAUACAGUUGCUUAGAACAGAAGAAUCCCCAUUAAAAAAAUACCAAACCAACACCCCAAAGUAAUUGACAUAGGUAAGUUCUCCACACAUGCUGGAAAGGCCAGUUUGCCUCAAUCUCUGGAUUUUGGAAUUCUUACUGAUAAAGCCAGAACAUAUGAAGCAUAAACGUGACCUGGUGAGCCUGUUAAAAACUUGGUUGGUGGUGCGCACGCAUACCUGCGACAUCUGUCAAGUCACAAUCAGGAACGUUUUGGAGAGCAUGUUUUGAAUGCAGCCAUUCUGAAAAUCCCACGCUAAAAAGGAGCUAGGAGCUUCAUUUCUCUGCAGCUUUGGCCCACAGAAACACCUGCUUUUUCUUGACUUAGAAGAAGUGAACACAAAACAUUGGGACCACAGGACUCCUAUUGACCAGAUCAUGAGAUCUGUUGCUACAGUAAAGUAUUUGGCAUCAGUGCCCCUUUUUAUGCACCCCCCAUGGCAGGCUGUGUGACAGAGCCAUAGGUGUUCCUUGCAAUGCUAAAACAGGAAAAAAAACCCAAAUUUGCUGUUACUUAAGCUAUUCCCAUGCCAGUGUUUGCUCAGCCUUUGAAGAUCCAUUAUAUAAUCUCUAUGAUUUUGGUCUUUGGUAUUUUGAAGUUUGUAAACAUACUAAAAGUCUUUAGAGGAAUCCAAAACUAAUAUAGUCUGUUACCUGUAGCCUCCCUGCUCUGUGUGGAAGGUUUGCACAACUAUUUAAUAUACAUGAAAUGUUAUACUUUAUUUAUCUAUCUAUAUAAAACCUGCUUAUUUAAUAAAACUGAGAGCCACUGGA